AUGACACAGAAAGCUCAUUACCCAUAUCUUUUCUAUGGCAGUGAGGAAAACAGAAAUGGUGGGGUGGAAGAGUUCCCAGUUUUAAAGGAGAAGUACAAGAAGACCCACUUUGGGAGACCGAAGAGGGCAGAUCACUUGAGGUCAGGAGUUCAAGACCAGCUGUGGCGUGGCAUACAGAGAGCCAAGCAGCAGUGCAUGCAGCCUAUGCCCAAAUACAAAGGCAGAUACUGUGUGGGUAAGCGGAAGCGCUUCCGCCUCUGCAACCUGCAGGCCUGCCCCGCUGGCCACCCCUCCUUCUGCCACGUCCAGUGCAGCCACUUUGACGCUAUGCUCUACAAGGGCCAGCUGCACACAUGGGUGCCCAUGGUCAAUGACGUGAACCCCUGUGAGCUGCACUGCCGGCCCGCGAAUGAGUACUUUGCCGAGAAGCUGCGGGACGCCGUGGUUGAUGGCACCCCCUGCUACCAGGUCCGAGCCAGCCGGGACCUCUGUAUCAACGGCAUCUGUAAGGUAACGUGGGGCUGUGACUUUGAGAUUGACUCUGGCGCUAUGGAGGACCGCUGUGGCGUGUGCCACGGCAACGGCUCCACCUGCCACACCGUGAGUGGGACCUUCGAGGAGGCCGAGGGCCUGGGGUAUGUGGACGUGGGGCUGAUCCCAGCCAGCACACGUGAGGUCCGCAUCCAGGAGGUGGCUGAGGCUGCCAACUUCCUGGCACUGCAGAGCGAGGACCCAGAGAAGUACUUCCUCAAUGGUGGCUGGACCAUCCAGUAGAACGGGGACUACCAGGUGGCAGGGACCACCGUCACAUACGCACGCAGGGGCAACUGGGAGAACCUCACGUCCCCGGGUCCCACCAAGGAGCCUGUCUGGAUCCAGCUGCUGUUCCAGGAGAGCAACCCUGGGGUGCACUACGAGUACACCAUCCACAGGGAGGCAGGUGGCCACGGCGAGGUCCCGCCGCCCGAGUUCUCCUGGCACUAUGGGCCCUGGACCAAGUGUACAGUCACCUGCGGCAGAGUCUCCCCCCAUACCCCUCGGUCUGCCCCCAUACCCCUCGGUCUCCCCCCAAUACCGCUCAGUUACCCUCCGGCCCUCCAGUACCCCCGACGCCCCUCAGUCUUCCUCCCCCGGCUCGCCAUUGGGAAGGGUGUGGAUGGUGGGACCGUGUGUCAGCGGCCCCUGGACACACUGGGCCCUGAAGGCUCAGGCAGCGGCUCCUCCAGCCACGAGCUCUUCAACGAGGCUGACUUCAUCCCGCGCCACCUGGCCCCACGCCCUUCACCCGCCUCAUCACCCAAGCCAGGCACCAUGGGCAACGCCAUUGAGGAGGAGGCUCCAGAGCUGGACCUGCCGGGGCCCGUGUUUGUGGACGACUUCUACUACGACUACAAUUUCAUCAGCUUCCACGAGGAUCUGUCCUACAGGCCCUCUGAGGAGCCCAAUCUAGAGCUGGCGGGGACAGGGGAUCGGACGCCCCCACCACACAGCCGUCCUGCUGCGCCCUCCACGGGUAGCCCCGUGCCUGCCACAGAGCCUCCUGCAGCCAAGGAGGAAGGGGCAACGGGACCUUGGUCCCCGAGCCCUUGGCCUAGCCAGGCCGGCCGCUCCCCACCCCCACCCUCAGAGCAGACCCCUGGGAACCCUUUGAUCAAUUUCCUGCCUGAGGAAGACGCCCCCAUAGGGGCCCCAGAUCUUGGGCUCCCCAGCCUGCCCUGGCCCAGGGUUUCCACUGAUGGCCUGCAGACGCCUGCCGCCCCUGAGAGCCAAAAUGAUUUCCCAGUUGGCAAGGACAGCCAGAGCCAGCUGCCCUCUCCAUGGCAGGACAGGACCAAUGAGGUUUUCAAUGAUGAGGAACCCGAGGGCUGCGGAGCACCCCACCUGCCCCCGAGACCCAGCCCCACGCUGCCCACUUUGUACCCGGUCAGCAGCACCCACUCCUCUCCUAGUCCUGACGUGGCGGAGCUGUGGACAGGAGGGACAGUAGCCUGGGAGUCAGCUCUGGAGGGUGGCCUGGGGCCUGUGGAUAGUGAACUGUGGCCCACUGUUGGGGUGGCUUCUCUCCCUCCUCCUCCCAUAGCCCCUCUGCCAGAGAUGAAGGGCAAGGACAGUCCCCUGGAGCCGGGGACUCCCACCUUCCCAACCCCAGGACCAGGCUUAUGGGACCUUCAGACUGUGGCAGCAUGGGGGACCUUCCUCCCCACAACCCUGACUGGCCUCGGGCACACGCCUGAGCCUGCCCUGAACCCAGGACCCAAGGGUCAGCCUGAGUCCCUCAGCCCUGAGGUGCCCCUGAGCUCUAGGCUGCUGUCCAUGCCAGCUUGGGACAGCCCCGCCAACAGCCACAGAGUCCCUGAGACCCAGCCGCUGGCUCCCAGCCUGGCUGAAGCGGGGCCCCCCGCGGACCCGUUGGUUGUCAGGAAUGCCAGCUGACAAGUGGGAAACUGCAGCGAGUGCUCCACCACCUGUGGCCUGGGUGCCCUCUGGAGGCCGGUGCGCUGUAGCUCCAGCCAGGAUGAGGACUGCGACCCCGCUGGCCGGCCCCAGCCUGCCCGCCGCUGCCACCUGUGGCCCUGUGCCACCUGGCACUCAGGCAACUGGAGUAAGUGCUCCCACAGCUGUGGCAGAGGUUCCUCAGUGUGGGACAUGCAGCACGUGGACACAUGGGACCUCCGGCCACUGUGGCCCUUCCAUUGUCAGCCUGGACCUGCCAAGCUGCCUGUGCACUGGCCCUGCGGGGCCCAGCCCUGCCUCAGCUGGUACAUGUCUUCCUGGAGGGAGUGCUCCGAGGCCUGUGGCGGUGGUGAGCAGCAGCGUCUGGUGACCUGCCCAGAGCCAGACCUCUGCGAGGAGGCACUGAGACCCAACACCACCCGGCCCUGCAACACCCACCCCUGCACACAGUGGGUGGUGGGGCCCUGGGGCCAGUGCUCAGGCCCCUGUGGUGGUGGCAUCCAGUGGCACACACUGGUCAAGUGUGUCAACACCCAGACGGGGCUACCCGAGGAAGACAGUGACCAGUGUGGCCACGAGGCCUGGCCUGUGAGCUCCCGGCUGUGUGGCACCGAGGAUUGUGAGCCCGUCGAGCCUCCCCGCUGUGAGCGGGACCGCCUGUCCUUCGGGUUCUGGGAGACACUGCGCCUACUGGGCCGCUGCCAGCUGCCCACCGUCCGCACCCAGUGCUGCCGCUCGUGCUCUCCACCCAGCCACGGCGCCCCCUCCCGAGGCCAUCAGCGGGUCACCCGCCACUGACGGUGCCAGGAUGCACAGACCGACCGACAGACCUCAGUGCCCACCACGGGCUGUGGCGGAGCUCCCGCCCCCUACGCCCUAAUGGUGCUAACCCCCUCUCACUACCCAGCGGCAGGCUGGGGAGCUCCUCCCGCUCGAAAAAGGUAUUUUUUUCUUCUAACAGUUUGUGUAACAUUUAUUAUGAUUUUACAUAAAUGAGCAUCUACCAUUCUAAAGCACAGUGUGACUUCGUCUUGGAUUUGGGGAAUCUUAAAAGUGAGAAACUCUUCCCCCGACCCCUCUGCCCAAAACUCCACCGCUGC